AUGCUCACCGUAUUCGCAGCUGAGACAUUGAUUUAUAACAUGGCAUGGAACACAUGGGCACCGAUUCAGGAACCGUGUAAAUUAACAAUUAGUUCAUGCGUCAGCGUGCGUAUGUCGAGAUAUUGAGCACGCGGGAAGUUUGGAGAGCACGAAAGAGGCGUAAGAGUUGCACGAGGCGCAGCCGAGUGCAACUCUAGCCUCUUGAGUGCUCUCCAAACUUCCCAAGUGCUCAAUAUCUCGACAUACGCACAGCUGCAGCAUGAACUAAUUGUUUUAUAACAUUAUCAAAGCGAUCAAUGCAGCGGUUAACUGAAAAUUUUAUUAUUGAAGGGCGCGCUCAAAGCAGUACGCGUCAAUGUUUACGUGAAUAUAUCUUUUUUCCUCACAGUUAAUCUUAUGUUUUUAUCCUGAAACUGAGAGAAAGUGUACUCUAAAAUGAUUGUAAAAUCCAUAUUUAGGUGUCGGAAAACUAUUAAUUUCCCGAAAAAUUGUUAUUGAGAGAAAACAACUUUGCAAAGAAUGAGCUCACGCCAUAGCCCGCACAGCUCGCGGAGAUGACAACAACAACAACAACACUCACCUCUUUUCCUUACUAUCGGUUAACAAAUUCAAACGUUUCCUCUUAAAUUUCUUUACAAAACACAUGGUAAACGCUUCAUUGUCUAUUGCUGAGUUAUGGAUUCACUCAGGAGACUCAGGAUUGCUAAGCUCACAACAACUCGAGGAAUUACGAAUAGUUUAUUGACGUCAUCAGCGUGCUCAAUAGGAAUAUGAAGCACGCUCGCGCUAUUGAAUUUGAUUAGGCGAAUUUUCUAGCUAUGUUAUAAAUCGCUUUUGAUUGGACAGACUUCGAUCUCCUGUUGUUGACUUCGUGGGCUCCAAUAAGCCUGGUUCUAACUUCAGCCGCUUUUGCGUGGUUAAUGGACACAAAAGGUUAGUAUUUGUAAUUCGCUUUCCUGCCCAUUCGAUUCUAAGUUCCAAAACCUCUCACGACAAAAGAAAAUAGACCUCUUUUAUAGCUUGUAUGUUAUGUUUUCUCAAUGAAGAUCUCAGCGACAUUUGCUCCUUUGUCUUUUAAAAAAUUAAGCACGCGACUGAAGACAUAGCCUGCGAAAGAGCGAGGAGAAACGGCUGUUUUCGCAGGCUACUGAAGACAAAAUUUGAAAGAAACAGUUCUCAAGAGUAUUGUCACAUUACCAACUCUGGGAAAACAAAACAAACAAGCUAAAGAGGACUAGUGUUUUCAUAAUGGCCUCGCCUUACCCUCGAUUUAAACAGAGGCUUCAGGCAACUCGGAAAUGGCCGUUUGCUUCACCUGUUGUUGUUGUUUUACGGUUUUUGUUAAAUUUACAAGGAUUUCUGUAGUGCUAGUGUAUUAAGCGAGCGGUUGACAUCGUGAGCAUGCCCACGAAUGCUCGUGUUUGUACCAUGUGCUUUGAAGCGAGGGCGAUGAUGUAAAAAAUCAUCAGUUUAAUGAAACUACCAUGUCCUUUCAGUGCCCUAAAUCGACCCAAAAAUUGAGCUUUGCUUCGGGCUGGAGUGUGCUUUUUUGCUGUCAACUUACCCUUACGAUAACAGCAGUUCAAUUUUGAAACACUUAGAACACUGUAAGAGUUAUUUUUCAAAAAGUGUAGUAAAUUAACACGGUAUAUAUUAAUGAAAGGAGCGACCUUAGUUUUGAGGUACUUGCUUUUACAACUUCUUCCAGUUCGUCUGAAGCGAACGACUACAACGAUCACUAUACCAACACAACGCGCUACCGCUGCCACAUGGCGGGCCCCACACUUGCAUUUUUGUUCUCACGUUAGAAGAAUGUUGACUAAUUCAUGAACCCAGAAAAGUCCCCAAAAGUUAACAUUGUAUUGACCAAGCUGCCGAUACCAUCCUUAUCUUUUUUUCUCUUUAGGAUUAAGAAUAUCUGUGCUUUUAAUUGCCUUUUUGUCAGUCUUUGGCAAAUGUCUUCAACUUAUUCCAGUAAGUGAUAACAAGAUGCGGACCAUCUUUAUAAAUGUGGGUCAGUUCAUUAUCAUGGCUGGUGGAACUGUGGCUCUUAGUGCCCCUCCUCUAGUCUCUGCAACAUGGUUUCCGCCCAGUGAACGCACCACAGCUACUGCUAUUUCGGCUUUGGCAGGAUCCUUUGGAAUUUCUGUAGCAUUUGUUGUUGGUCCUGCAAUGGUUCGUAACAAAGUUCCAGAAUCUAUCAUCAGUAAUUCAUCAAAUUUGGAAAAAAUGCAAAAUUUAGUGGAAAUAAUGAGCCACCGAAUAACACAGUAUUCAUUUUUUCAAGUAGGUUUGUGUAUAGCGACGUUCAUCUGCGUCUUGCUCUACUUUCCGGCAAGACCACCCCUCCCUCCGAGCCUCACUGCCUCUAGACCUCACACACAGAGCACAGCAGCUUCAUUUAGACAAGUCAUGAGGAAUGGCAAGUUCUUGUUGCUGAGUACACUAGCUGCUUUAGACUUUGGUGUUUACUUUAGCUGGUUGUCCGUGUUAGAUGUCUUCUUGGCCAAGUUUGAUGUGGAUCCUACUACCGCUGGAUGGCUUGGCUGUGGUGCUACAUCAUCGGGUAUUGUCUCUGGAAUUUUGCUGGCAAGGUACGCCGGUUAUUCACCUUGUUGAACCACAAUUCAGUAGUAGCUGAAUGUGCAUUUCAAGCCUCCAAUUUUAGGACACCGAAAUUUCUAUUUUUCUCGGGGAAGCAUGACCCCAAGCCCCCUAGUAUUGCUAGUAUGCUCACCGGUUCCUCGCCCACUCUCGAACUGCUCCAAACAUAUAGGGACGGCAGGAUUGCAGGCUACCUUGCUCCGCGAUUCCCGUUUGUAUCGUCGGUAGAUAUAUUUUUAAUGUCGAACAAUGACUUUGAUUCAUGAUUUGUGCGGGAUCUAGAGAAAAUUUUUUUAAUAAUAGUUUGAUGCAAACCUUAACGAAUAAAUGUUCCAGACUCUGGAACUGGGUCAAAGCUAGUUUGGUAUGGGGUGAGAAAAUGGCUUCUACACAGAAUUUUCUUUACCCUGCGAACGUAGUCGUAUUUCUGUUCGUCGCUUCUCUCCACCCGAAAACUUACUUUUCGGGUGGAAAGAAGCGGCGACCGGAAAUACAUCUGAUUUCGCGAUCGCAGGCUAAACUUCCUUUGGCUUUUCACGCGUUCCUCCAUAUCACGAAAUUUACCAGAAUUCAAAAAUCGGCACCUGAGCUACCAAAUUGAAUGAAUCAUGAAAACAUAAACCACUCAUGCAAACCUUUACAAGAAAGUAUUGAUAACACAGCAAAUACAAAAGGAAGCAAGGAUAGACAAACUUAAGAAAGAUUGAAACGGGUCUUACAAUAAUUUGUUUUUGUUGUUUUUGUUAGCCUAAUUAAAAGAUUAUCAAAGGCCGUGUUUGUUGUAUGUAACGUUUGCCGCUUGGGAGCCGGCAUAUUCUUCGACACCAAACUGUUCCAUAGCGAAUAAGGAUGCGCACUUGGCAUUAUAAACAAACUAAACUAGCCAGCCGUGAUACAGCCCCUUUGAGUUGACCCUUUUUACUCGCAGAUCAAAUGAUGGCGUCUUGUAAGGUGGUUGUGGCAACAUCUUUGACUCUGUGGAUGAAAUCCUAUAGUUAGCCAGCGUUGCUGCCGGCCCACCCAUAGUGUAGACCAUUAAUAUAGUAUAGCUCUAUACAUGAGGUGCCACGAUUAAAACAUGAUAGCUUGCAAAAACAGCCGUCUUUCCUCGCUCCUUGCCACUUGGGAUGUUUCGCCGGAAGGGACGUCUGCGCCUCAGAGACAUAAACUCCAUACUGAUGACGUAAAUCUAUCCGGAAUCUGCCUGGGAGUUCUAUAUAUUGUUUUAGCUAUUGUUUACGAAAGACAGACAAAAGGCAAACGGUCACAUGGGUCAACGCGAUGGAUCUACUACAAUACCGUCCAUUUUCUUGGAAUAUAUUCUUCUUUGGCAGGGCAUUUGAGUUUUGCUGGAGCUCGUUCGCCGAAGAAAACAAAACUUUACCAUAAUCGACCAGGAGAGACAUAAAAUUGAACAAAUUAACAUUUGGAGCCCUUUGACUACCGGAUUUAUUAUGCAAACAUUGAUUUACGUCAUCAGUAUGGUAUUUCUGUCGGUAAUGCGUGGACUUCCCCUCUGGCGAAACGUCCCUAGCGAAGAGGAGCGAAGAGGGACGGCUAUUUUUGCAGGCUAUAGACAUGAACGUUUUGUCCUUAUCUCUUUAAGGUAUGCAGACCGUUUAAAAAACAAAACAAAACAGAUGUUAAUACUUCUCUUGGCUCUCUCAACAUUAUCCUUGCUGAUCUUCAGUUUGUCCUGUGCUGGAAUUCUACCAUCCACCAAACCACUACUAUUCAGCUCCAUCAUCUCAGGAGGUUUGUUUUUCAACAGUGCCAUUCCACUAUUUAUUGAACUUACAAUGGAGUGUGCAUAUCCAGUAGGAGAGGGACUCGCUAGUAGCCUUAACAUGACCAUGACAAAUAUAAUCGGAUUGUUUUUCUACAUCCCCUUUAUGCUGCCGCACUCUGAUGUAAGGUGGAUGAACUGGGUGACCGUUUGCAGUCUGGGUGCUAGUGUCUUAGGGUUGCUCAUUUACAGAGAAAAGUACACGCGGCUUGAGAUAGAU